AUGUCUUUUUCAACCCCCGACACCGCGAUGCUAGAGGCGUUGGUGCCAGGCUAUACCCUCAUCUCACGCUUUUUCCUAUCCUACUUUCACAUCGACCUUACUGCUUACCUGCAGUACGUUGUUGCUUUAGCUGUGUUUGCCGUGUCCCUACAGUACAUCUCCAAGUACGCAUCGGAAUUUUUCCGAGAGUAUUUAGUCUGUUACGCUGAAAUCCGACCGGAUGAUGAGCUAUAUAAUCAUUUGAUGUGGUGGAUGUCACGACAGCCUUUUAUGCAGCGUACCAACCACUUUGUCGCAAGCAUCAGAACGAAUGCCUAUUAUGGUGAAACCGAUGAUGAAUUGAGUAGUUCAGACGAGGAUUCCGAGGAUGACAAUUUUGAUACCGAUGACUUCACAGAUGACGAGAAUGAAAGUCAGCAUCGAGCGAAUGUCAUAUCUCGAAGAAAGUGCAAGAAGCUGCGAUUUACCCCUUCGGAAGGCCGUCAUUUUUUCUGGUACAAACGCCGAUUGAUGAUCCUGGAACGACAACACCGGAGCCGCAACGGAACCUGGUCAAUCUUUAAUGAGCGGCUUUACUUAUCGUGUCUCGGGCGAAACUCAUUCCUGAUAAAAGAGCUCAUUGAUGAGGCGAGCAAGGCUUUUCAGAAUCGUGAUGGCAACAAGACCGUCAUCUAUCGUGCCCAGCGACACUCGCGAGCUGAUCCUUUCACCUGGGUUCGCUGCAUGGCAAGAUCACCCCGCCCAUUGUCUACGGUAAUCCUUGAAGAAAACGGGAAAUUGAAUCUCGUGAAAGAUAUGAAGAGAUAUCUACGUAGUCGCACUCGGCGAUGGCAUUCCAAUCGAGGAAUUGCCUACAAGCGUGGAUAUCUACUCCAUGGUCCUCCGGGCACCGGCAAGACAAGCCUUUGCUUUGCUGCUGCCGGUGAACUUGGUCUGCCACUUUAUUUGCUCACUCUCAAUUCGAAUGCUCUCGAUGAAGAUAAUUUGUAUUCAUUGUUCGCCGAGUUACCUCGCAAAUGCAUCGUUUUGAUUGAGGAUGUGGAUACGGCUGGAGUCACUCAUAGCCGCGGCAAAACUGCCACUUACAAACCAAAAGGCGACCAUGAUGCUGCCAUUGAAAAUGAGGAAAGCUCCGCAGAGGAUAGAUCUCCAGGUGACCAGCCUCCACUGGACAAUUCAGUAAAAGACGGCAUCACUCUUUCGAGUCUGUUGAAUGUCAUUGAUGGUGUUGCCUCCAGCGAAGGCCGCAUUCUUGUGAUGACCACGAACCACGUGGAGAGGCUUGAUGAGGCUCUUGUUCGCAUCGGCCGUGUGGAUAUGCAACUUUUCCUCGGGUAUUCCAGCAAAGAAAACAUCAAGAAUCUCUUCACAUCUAUCUACAUGCCAAUGGAAGGCGACUUCCCAAUGAAUGACAAGACCAAGCUCAAGAUGAACUGGAGUAAUGGUCACAACGUGGGGGACAGGAAAAAUACGGAGUGGAGAAAGAAAAAGCUUCAGGAAUAUCGGGAUCAUGUCGAUUCCUUGCGUUCUCGCAUCCAUCCUCUGGCAGUCGAGUUUGCCUCCAUCGUUCCUGGCGGUAUGUUCACUGCCGCUGAGAUCCAGGGUUAUCUACUCAACCAUGUAGAUAACCCUGAGAAGGCGAUCAAGGGUGCUGAGGCAUGGGUCAGGGAACUUCGGGAUACCAAACGCACGCUUGAGGAAAAGGCUAUCGAGAACGUAUACCACUAG